CUCCUUUGCCGAUCUCUCCGUUUUUCUCCUCUUUUUUUCUCCCCGUUUUCGCGCUCUCCCGGUUCCUUUUUGAAAAAUGGGUACGGCUGCACGCGAUCUCGAGCAGCAGCGCGAUCGGCAAGCGGACCGGCUCGCUUCGCAGUGCCGGAUCUGUGCGACCGAUAUCGCCACCGACGACGGCGGGAUGCACAUUUUCGCUGAGGACGGCCGGCGUCAUUAUCUGCAGACCAAAAUACGGAAAUACCUGCAUAUCUUGGUGUCAUCGGAGGAUAAAUUUUCAAAAAUGGUCUGUUCUACGUGUACCAAGAGACUGGAGGGUGUCCAUCGUUUUGCAAUGAUGGCAUACCGUACCCAAGAGAAGUUGAGAUCGCAGCUUUAUGGUAACAUUGACAAUACGAAUCCUGUACAAGAAGAUGAGAUACAGAAUAUUAAAGACAUGCAAGAUACUAUAAAAAAGGCGGAAGAUCGAGGGCUAUUGCAUUCGAUAUUGACAAAGGGUGCGAUAGAAAUUUUAACUGAGGACGAACCACUGGGAUCACAGGAAUCAAAUUUCCAAGAGGUCAGACGUUGCACUCCGAACAUGGAGGAAAUGGAAGUAAAAGUGGAUCCAAUGCUAUUUUUACAAUAUGGCAUGGAACAGUCUACAUCCGAAGCUUCAGAUUCCUCAGAUAACGAGGAAGAAAUAACAAGGACACAUACACCCGAACCGUUACCUUUAACAAACAAAAACACUGAAGUGGAAGACGAAGAAAAGAAAGAUGAAAGUGAAUCUAAAUUGCACGAAGACAGUGAAAAAAUUAUAUCCAAUUUAUCAGAGAAACCGCAUGAAUGUACAAUAUGUACCCGAUCUUUUAUAUCACAAAUUGGCUUGCAAAAUCACUUGUGGUCGCAUUUACCCAAAGAGAGAAGAUUCGACGGAAAGCCUAUUUUACAAUCUCAACACGUUUAUUCUAUAAAUGGUGUGCUUCACACGAACAGUGAUAACAAUUCGUCCAGCAACUUCAUCUGUCCAAUUUGCAGUAAAAAGAUUUCUACAAAGGGAAAUCUGAAAGUGCAUUUAGAGACUCACAGGCCUAAAGGAAAGUAUGGCUGUGAUAUAUGUGGAAGAAUUUUCAAAACUCAAUCGAAUCUGUUCAGACACAAGGAGUACCACAGCGGCGUACAAUUUCCGUGUAAUGUAUGCGGGAGAGUGUAUCCAACGAAUUCGACGUUACGUGCUCACAGCAUAACGCAUUCGGACUUGAGACCGCACGCAUGCCCGCUUUGUGAUAAGACAUUCAAGCGAAAUCAGGAUUUAAAAUUCCACAUAAAUCAGCACACAGGUGCGAGGCCUUAUCAGUGUCCUUACUGUCCGAAAGCUUUCGCGAGCUCCGGCAAUUGUUUUUCUCAUCGUAAAAGAAUGCAUCCCCGGGAAGUCCAUCGGGAUCGACAGAGAGCGGCGGAUUUAAUGAGAUGAACCAUGGGCAGUCAAUAUGAGGACUGGUCUUAAAAUUUCGGAUGAAUGUUCUGCCGAGGUGAUCGUAUAUUGAUCAUAUAUUAGUAUCUGUCGUAAUGUAAACUUUAUUUCCAGAAAUUAA